AUGGUGGCCGCGCCAGCGAUUGGGAGCAGGAGGAGCGAGAUCGGCGCCCUUUCCUCAUCCGGUCGCAGAACCCCAUCGCUACCUCCUCGCAGCCGCCACGAACACCCCAAGCCUCCUGGGCCGGAAGCCGCCAGCCGCUUCAGCGGGAUCGAUACGCCGCCAUCCGCGUCGAGAAAGAUCACGGAUCGAAACCGCCAGCGCCGCCCUCUCCGAUCACCCACUCACCCGCUCGAGAUGAAGGCGUUCGUCUAG